AUGGCCGCCGCUGUAGCCAGGCCAUUGCCCAUCGCCCGCUCGUCAACACCUCCACCGCACCUGUCACUUAAUACUUCAUCUCGUGGUACACCAUCUGCCAUCCCCAACAAGCACAUCCCAGUAUGUUCGCCUGGUGGCAUGCCCGCAACGCCCCCCGCAUCUCCUCCACGCCAAGAUAGUCUCAUCGAAACUUCGUCCAUCACUUAUCCGCCUGACACGUAUUGCUCCCAGUACUCCGACGAUCCAUCUGUGUACACAAUCACUGCCGAUCGCAUGGCAGAGGCGUUGGAGCACAUCGCGACUCAGCCCCUUCCAAACCCAGAGCAAGUGUUCCCCUGGAUGCACGGCCUUCAUGCUGAGAACCAAAUCCAACUCGCCUUCUUCUCGUCUCGUCGCAAGAGCAUUCGGAAAGUCCCCAGGUGCAUUCGCAGCAUUACCCUUGUCAAGACUGGCGGGAAGCUGUCCACUUCGAAGCUCAAGGGGGCAAUUGCACCAGAAGAACUACUCGAUCCAACUUCCGAGGACUCUUCUACCUUUAUCGAGUGUGACCCAAAGGAUGGCUUCUCAGUACGCAACUUUCAAAUACAAGCAUGCAAGUUAGCCAUGGUUUCGGACAUCAUCGUGUAUGGCGACCACAAAACUCAUCCCAAUGAGACGAUAUCACUCGCAAAGAAGAUAUCAACAGCGCAGAGGCAGUACGAGGCAAGGAAUGGGUUUCCACGUUGCUUGUUCAACACAUUCAUGCUCUCAGAUUCCUUCAGUUGCGUACAGGAGAGAUACCCGAAGCUGGUUGCAAUAGACUCGACUGGAGGCAUGACAGGCAGCAUCGUUGACUUUUCUUAUUGGGAAAGAUACGAGAUGUGCACAAUGUCAAAGACAUCCGAGAUCAGCAACAACGUCUUCUUGGGACCUACGCCUGAUCCGAGUUUUCCUUCAGAGUGCCUGGGAGAGGAAUCGUACGACAUGUUGAUUGAAGCUACCGAUCUUGCCCAUGUGCCGGAAUCGCGCUCAUUACGAGCUCUGCGCAUGGGGCUGGAGAAGAUCCAGCGUAAGACUGCAUUGCACAUGGAAUUUCCUUCUUCGGGGAGCAUUAUGCCUCCAAAUUGGUCCCAUGGAGAGGUUGACGGUUUGAUGGACACGUGCAAGUGGAUCUUCGAACUUGCAAAUCCACAGGAAGUCAAGCGAUCGAAACGGAGACGGGAUGAUGAUGAUGAGGCUAUCGAAAUGGACGACAUUGCAACGCCUCGCAAGUUUUUGAUUCACUGCACUGAUGGCUACACCGAGACUACGCUUCUUGCUCUUGCCUACUUCAUGUAUGCGGAAGGCCUGCCUGUGCAUGAUGCAUGGAUCCAAAUGCACCGUGGCAAGGGACGCAAUUUCUUUGCGUAUCCAUCCGAUGUUGCGCUUUUGACGACAAUCCAGCCUCGCAUUCUUCAAGAAUCACCCCGAUUUAAACAGAGCAUCUUCAACAUCCCUGAGCCACAAUGGCUCUCGAAGAUUGACGGCAGCUUGCCCAGCAGAAUUUUACCGUAUAUGUACCUUGGCAAUCUUGGACACGCCAACAACCCCGAACUCCUCCGCGAACUUGGAAUUACCCGGAUUUUGAGCGUCGGUGAAUCCCUCUCUUGGCCGGAAGAUCUCAAGAGAAAGCUCAAUUGGCCUAGCGACAAGUUCCUGAUGGUAGAUCGAGUUCAGGACAAUGGUGUUGAUCCUCUUUGGGCCGAAUUUGAACGAUGCUUGAAAUUUAUUGAGGCUGGAAAGUUGGAUGGUGGUGCCACCCUCGUCCAUUGUCGAGUCGGCGUAUCUCGCUCGGCAACCAUCUGCAUUGCGGAAGUUAUGAAUGAGCUGGGCUUGUCCUUUCCUCGUGCCUACUGCUUUGUGCGGGCGCGGCGACUGAAUGUCAUUAUCCAACCACACCUUCGAUUCACCUACGAACUUCUAAAGUGGGAAGAGUACCAGCGUCAGCGACGCAACGAACCUCUUCGCCGCGAACUAGAGUGGGCUACCGUCGCGCGCGAGAUCGCGCUGAUGAAUAAGCCUUACUCUAGAUAA